AUGGUGACCACUAUGGACGAGACGGUCUCUACAGCACCGACACCCGAUGAAUCCGCUACACGAGAAGAUCGAAUACAGAAAUUGAAAGCUGAGAAUCGUUUGGUCGUUGAUGAUGUUGAGAAGACAGAAAUCGAAGCUGAUGACAAGGAAAAUGGCGAUAUGGUUCCAUCUCCGACAAAUGCGCUUACGACUUCUGAUGACACAAGUGCUGGAACAAAUAGUGGGUCGUCAUCGAGUGAUGUUGAGUGUAUUGAGCUAGAUGAUGAUACGAGUGAACCGCCGCCGCCGAAGAAAAUGAGAGACGGUGACUCUAACGACUCUGAGAUCGCUAUCAUAACCGUAAGUGCUCUUCUUAGAACUUUAUGGCCGAUUCUCUGUUCAUUUAUAAGUGAUCUGCAGGGAAGAGAAAAGGAGAAGCCGUCAUUGAUCGGAGAAAAACCUAAGGAAAAGGAACCAGAACUCACUAGUCCUGGAGCGUUGUUGAAUAAACUUGAGGAAUACGUCGCCGAUGCUAUUAAUAACAAGAGGAAUAUUGAUAGGAAGGUUCUUGAUGCACUUUUGGGUGGCAUAAAUGUUCAAGUACAAAAAGAGCCAUUGAGUGUGCGCAAAUUGAUUCUUGACAAGCAACUCGUACUGCCUAAUACUAUAUCAUUCCCUCCAAGUUUGACAGUAGAUAUGCUUAUUGAACACGAUCCAGACCACCCGCUUUCAAAGGUGAUUACAAGGAUGUUUGGCGAAGAACGGCCAAAGUUGAAUGAAGCGGAGAAGAAAGAACGCCAAAGUUUAAAGCUCCAUAAUAAUGUUCCACAUAUGACGAAGUUACUUCUGGACAUUGGUCAGGACUUAGUUCAGGAAUCGACAUAUUGUGAUAUAGUGCAUGCCCGGAAUCUUCCAGAGACUCCGAAAAACAUUGAAACGUAUAAACAGGUUGCUGCUCAGCUAAAGCCAGUGUGGGAAGCGCUCCGAAAAAGAAAUGAGCCUUACAAGCUGAAGUUGUUGACAUGUCAAGUUUGUGGGUUUAAGACUGAGUCACGGAUGAUAUUACAAGCUCAUCGCUCCACUGUGCAUUAUAAAAAUGGGAAAUACCAGUGUGCUAUGUGUCCAGAAUUUGACUCUAACGAGAAACGGUUGAUUAACCACUACCUUGCAUCGCAUUUCGUGGUAGCAACUAAAGAUGAACCUCAAGCGAAGUAUCCAUGCCUUAUCUGCGAUGAAGAUUUCCAGUAUAAAGGUCUGAGGGACACCCAUUUGCGUACGUGCAAAAAGGAUUACAGUAGAGUUCGAAAUAUUAUGGGACCGAAGGGGUGUGAUGAUCAAUUAAUGAUCAAUCAAUGGCUUUGGGAGCGACCACCCGUUGAUCCUACGAUUUUGCAACAACAGCAAGCUGCCCAACAACAGCAGAAGCGAAACCAAUUAGCUCAAGCUCAACAAGCUGUGGCUCAAGCGGCACUACGUCGUACAGCUGCGGUUCGAGACGCCCAGCAAAGUGCGCUUCAGCAGCAGCUACUUCAGCAGCAGCAACGCAUGCGACAGGCUGCUGCAAUGAUGCAGCAACGGAACAUGAUCGGUCAAAAUAGUAACAGCCUUAUCGCAGCUAUGCAGCAGCACAUUCAGCGAGCCAGUCAGCAACGUGUCUCGACAUCAGCUGCGGCUACAGUUGGUUCCUUAGCUGCAGCCACUGCUCUUUAUCAAAAAAACCUUGCAGCAAGCCGUAAUGCAUUACUAGCUAACACGUCUGCCCUUCGGAAAGGGUCCACGUUAAAUACAGCGGCAAUGCAGAAGGCGCUUGCCAUUGCAAAUGGAGGUCUGCCUGCUGCUGUGGCAUCAGGAGCUGCAACUUCGACAGGUGCAUCCUCUGCUUUGGGUAAUUCUACCAAUGCUGGUAAUGGACCUGGAAUAUGUGAAAUUUGUGACCAGAAUAUGAUGGUCCACAAGCAUCUUCGCGACAAGACGUUAGACGAUGUUAAACUUGGAGCUCCUUUAGCAUGUAGCAGAUGUCGUGAACGAUUCUGGACAUAUGAAGGACUUGAACGUCACCUGGUCAUGGCUCAUGGUUUAGUGACGGCUGAUUUGUUAACAAAAGCGCAGAACAAGCUCGAUGGUGGUCGAUGUAAAAUCUGCGCCAAGGGCAAGGAGGCUGGUGGGAAGUCAACAGAAGAUGACUGUAUCACGUUGGAAUAA